CCAAUCUGAAUACAAUGAAGAUACAUCAACACAAAUGAAAAUUCACACAACUGACCAAGACAACAAAUAAACAACGACUCGUCCGAAAAGCUCCCAAAACACAACGCCUAUCCAGACACAAAUACUAAAAGAGGGAGAAAGAAGUGUGGAAAAGGUAGAAUCUCAAGGCCUAGUCUAGGAUGGGGAUGGUGAGAGGGCAGGAAUUGUAGGCAUCGUCGUUGGAAUGGUUGGGAUGGCCGGAAUUGUUGUUGGAAUGGUCGGAAUGGAUGGAAUUGUUGUUGGGAUGGUGGGCAGUGUGGCUGGCAAAGGAGGCAUUGUGACAACGGGAAUGGUAGGCAUGGUUGGCAAAGUAGGAAUUGGCAAGGUGCUUGGAAUUGGUGGCAAUGUGGCUUUAGGCAGAGGUGGAAGUGUAGGCAUUGUGGGAAGUGUAGGUGCAGCGGGUAGAGGAGUUUGCAGAAGGUGGCGAGCUUCCGAGCUCCCGGGGAGGCUCGAAAAUGACAAUGCCACGAUGAAAGCCAGAAGGAAGCAAUGCUUAAAAGGAGCCAUUGAUGGGGGUGGUGAGAAGGCAGGAAUUGUAGGCAUCGUCGUUGGAAUGGUUGGGAUGGCCGGAAUUGUCGUUGGAAUGGAUGGAAUUGUUGUUGGGAUGGUGGGCAGCGUGGCAGGCAAAGGAGGCAUUGUGACCGUGGGAAUAGUAGGCAUGGUUGGCAAAGUAGGAAUAGGCAAGGUGCUUGGAAUUGGUGGCAAUGUGGAUUUAGGCAGAGGUGGAAGUGUAGGCAUUGUGGGAAGUGUAGGAGCUUGCAGAAGGUGGCGAGCUUCCGGGCUCCCGGGGAGGCUCAAAAACGACAAUGCCAUGAAAAAAGCCAAAAGGAAAAUCAAUGGUGUGAAUCGAAUAUUGGCAUCUCAAGGGCUAGUGGUUGAUGGUGGUGGUGAGAGGAAAGGAAUGGAAGGGAUUGUGGUCGGAAUGGUAGGAAUCGAAGGGAUGGUGGGCAGCGAAGUGGCGGGUAGAGGUGGCAGCGACAUCUUUGGAAUGGUGGGCAGUGGCGGAAUCUGGGUGGUCGGCAAAGGCGGCAACGUGGGCAUUGGCAGAGUCGGGACUGUUGGCAUUGCUGGCAGUGGAGGCAAUGUGGGCUUAGGGAGAGAUGGGAUUGUAGGCAGUGUUGGUGUUGAAAUUUGCAGAAGGUGGCGAGCUCCGAGGCUCAUUUGGAUGCUUGAAAGUGAUAAAAUUAGUGUCAAAGACAGAAUGGAACAACGGUUAAAAGAAGCCAUUGAAGUAUAA